GAGCCUCGUCGACCAGUGGGUAGGAUAGGUGGCGGUAGCGGUCGGUGCGCAGACUACAAUGCACCGACACGUUAUAGACCGAUCGAAAAGUCUUGACUGUGCUAUGACUGUGGCAAAGGGACCGACCGAACAAAACAAAUCAAGCAAACCAUAAGAAUGUGGCAAUGGGUAGCUCGAUUCGGGCGGCGGCGUGGCCAGGCGACCCCGUGACCUCUGGCCGUGUCCUUCUGUGUGCGCGGCCCAUUCGCCCCUGACUUGGGAUGUCGAUAGGUGGACUGUAGGGUAGGUAACAAGAUAUUCUUAAUGGCCCUCUGAAGACAGACACGACUGGACUGCAGCACCCACCGCCGUGCUGCUCCUCAGAGCCACAUCUCAGACGUCUCGGAGGUUUGCCGACACUGCAACCGACUGGCUCGUGAGCCCACCGACAGCUGAAAGCCAUGGCCACCUCUCGUCCGCUGAAACCAGUCGAUGUGUACGAUAUUGCCACGGACAUCGGCCGCGAGUUUGAGGCCAUCAUAGAUGCGUUCGGAGCUGGCGCACUCACCAACCUGGUGCCCAAGGUGAUCCAGGCCCUGGAGCAAUUGGAGCGGCUCUCCUUACAGCGGGAACAGGAGAGUGCCUCUCUGCACGAGCUGCGGAAAACAGUCGAGAGGCUCGAGGCCGAAAAGGCGGAGCGAGCAGCCGAGAGGCAGCGCUUUGAGAAGGAGUUGGAGGAGUUUGAGGAGCGCACGCGCGAAGAGACUCAGAAGCUGGUUUCCAUGGUAACUGAGCUGCAGACGGAGAACCGGCGGAUGCUGGAGCGGCGCGAGGCCGAGCGCAAUGGAGACGCCUCCAGACAGACGGGCACGGACGAAGCGGAGGGGGAGAUCGAUAUGAAGGUGCUGUUCAAUCUGAAGGCGGUCAUCGACAGACAGAGGGACGACCUCACUGCCAAGGACGCGCAGCUGCACGAGAGGAACUCGGAGAUCGAAAAGUUCCAGGCGGACUUGGACCGUAUGAAGAAGCAGGUGCGUGAGCAGCGGCGUCGCCAGCGCGCGGCCUCCGGACAGCAGCGACAGCUCAACGAGGAGCGGACGCUGCUGGAAGCUGAGCUUACCGACGUGCGCCGCCAGAUGGUAGCACUGCGCCAGCAGCUGGGCACCGCGCAGAAGGAGAACCAGGACCUCUCUCUGUCGGCGGAUAGCAGCCUGCAGAACAAGGUGGUGUACGACCGCGAUGACCCGGCGCGGCCGCGGUUCACCUUUAACGAGCUGCGGGACAUCCUGAACGAGCGGAACGAGCUGAAGGCGCGCCUUUCAGACCUGCAGGACGAGCUGGCACUCUACCGGCCCGGCGGAAUCGACACGUCGAAGAGCUCGAUCCUGUGUCCUCCCAGUGACGAGUUGGACAGUUUCUCCAGCUCUGACCUCAGCUCGCCGCCCUCGCUGCAGAACGAGCUCGAACAGCAAAAGACGGUGGAAGAGGACCUGCCCGUGCACGGCCCGCUGCCCCAGGAUCCCGAGGACGCCCCCUGGAAAAAGAGCUCCUCAGAGUCCGGCAUCAGGCGACUGUUCCGGCGGCUGUUUUACACAGACGGACGAACGGACAGUCCGCGGGCCACCAGCACCCCGGUCAAACCCCAGACGCCGGGCGGGGCGACUCGACGCUGACCGCCGCCCUCCCGGCUCUCAGCCCGUGCUGAGUACCGUUUGACCUGUGUUUAACGGUGAUUUUAUCUCCACAUGCGUGAUCUGUUUACAUCUUUAUCGGUUUGCUAGAUAUUUAUACUGUUUUCACUCGACAUAUUUACGCCCUGGCUUUGGUGGGUUUUGUUAACCUGCCAAGCUGGCUUUGGUGAAUAUUUAUAUUUGAAUAGGUAUAUGCUGGGAAACCAGAGUUUAUUGACGUGGAUUUAUAUAUUUAGCUCGUCGGUUUUUUCCGAUGACAAUAUCCCCCAGGAAUAUCAAGUAUUUCUUCCCUAGUUAGCUGAGUGGCAAUGUUUAUUUUUAUCGCCAGUAUAUAUUUACUCGUGUGCCGUAUGAGAGACCUUAUAUGACAAUGUGUCAAUAGUUGGACGUUUGGGGUUGCGUGUGUAACGGUGUAGGCCUGUGCGUUGUGUCAAACUGAGCUUUCGUCAAUGUUAACCCGUGCGUGCGCCGGUACCCCACAGUUAGCCAUGUGUUUGCCUAAUGUUAGCCCAUGUACGCACUGCUGAGACUACUUACCUGCGCGGCUGUCGCUGCUCCUGCCGCUAUUGUGCUGUUCCUGGACCCUGUGACGCCUCCCCGUGCUGUGAAGCCAGAUCUGAGACCUCUGAACAAACCCUGCUGUAGGCGCUCGAACCCCUCAGGCGUCCUUAUAGGUUCACCCUUCCUCACCAUCCCAUCUCCCUCACCAAUGAGAGACGCACGUAUGGAAUCACGGCCGAUCUAAUCUCGUACACCAGCCACCAGUCUGUGGAUCCGUGACUCUGCACUAGCACUCGAUCUUUAGCGUCUAAAACACCUCAUAUCUUCACGACCCCUUCUCUUCCCGAUCUACUGGUGGUCUAGCUGUAUUAGACACCAACCCUCCAUCCCUGCCCCACCAUCCAGUCCCUAUCCUGUGCUUCAUCAGCCCGCUGCUAGCAUGUGUGUAGCUGAGUUCGUGCCGCUGAUCAGGCGGCUGAAGUCGAUGGUCUAGGUGUCGCAGUUGCUGUGUAGAACGCUCGUCAGACGGCCAGCGGCGACCGUCAGGCGCUAGUCUGUUAGGGUUGAAGUCGCUGAGUAUUUUAGUUUGAGCGCCGUUCGGAGAUGCCAAAUCGGACUGACCGCUCGUGGGGCCAAGGGUCGGCCGUGGCGGCUGUCGGCCGUUUUCCAGUGAUGUCUCGGAGAUUAGAAUGUGGUUGGGGAGGGGAAGGGGGUUCGGCGGCCAUACGUGUGCCACAGGCGAGUGUGUGAGGGGGGGGGGGACCCGGACCCCCUGCUGGUAGGCUAAAUGGAGUUGUAUCCGCGCGGUGUAAUGAUAUGAUGCAGCUGCUUUAGGAGUCAUUACGCGCCGCAGCGGAAUGCUUAUAACAGCGCAUUGUUAUGUAAACUGGCAGUCGAUGCGCAAAAUGUUUAUGAUUUGUUCUUGCUCCGAGUCACUAUGCACAACAUAUCUAUAUUGCAUGCAUGGUGUAUGCUGGCUUUAACACAACAGUGCAAAGCGGUUCAGAGCCGGGUAUUACCGGCUCGAACCCGGGGGUGACGGAGGUGAUAACACUAAGGCGCGAGGAAUGUGUAGGAUCACGAGCGGCGCAGGGUUACAUAAACCGGUAAACCGUGCUUAAUGUGGUGUGGGAAGCGCGUCGGGCGGUCGCAUCGGCUGAGAAGGUGCUCCCCUACCCUUCUAACCUAGGAUAUGACCUGUCCCGAUAACAAUGGUGUAAUACACCGGAACUGAUCCCACGUCCUACCCUAACGACGCUGUACCCCACCCCUCGUCUCGCGUCCCAAUGUAAUACACGUCUUUUCCGGUAUAA